ACGUCCGGUUCGGGGUUGCCGUCAGCGCCUUCCGUGAGUGGCACUGGCCAAGACAAUGAAUGCACGGCCGUCAGGACCAACACCAGGGCCAGUAGUACCACGGAGAUGACUAUCACCUAUGGGGGAUCGAAGAAUUGUCUCGGUCCGAGCAACCACGAAAGUAGCAACGAAUCGCCGGGUAGCAACCUCAGGCUCAGUCUCGAUAUCGCUGUCACUCACCUGUCACCGGCAUCACAGACCGAUGACCCGGAUGACGGGUCACGAAGCCCCAGUCGUCCUCGGACGCCCCGUGCGGUAAACGUCCAGGAUCCCCACGGGAAAACGACAGCCAUUUACCGGGACGACGAUCCAGCAAGGGAAGAAGCCACGGCCGGAAGGAAUGCCUUUUAUAACCAUCCAGACAAUGGAAGCGAAAACAGUUUUGCUAGCAUCACGACUAUCACUGAUCUUGGGUUUGAGAGACAAGCACAGGUGAAGCCCACCGUUGACCAAGGCUCGGAAUCUUUGCAUUUGAGAAACCUUCGCAGCGAGAGCAGCGCCAGCUCGCUCCACUCCAACGAUGAGACUGAGGGCUCCCAUGCCCAAAAGCAGCUGGGCAGGCGCCUGCGGGCGGCCUACUGCAAGUCCACGGCGAGCGACAAGGAUGCAGACUUCAUUCCGAUCAGCAAAAUCGAAAGCAUCCUCACACAAGAAACCGUGGAGGGCAUCUUGAAGCAAGAGUUUCCGGAGCUGCAGAGUUCUGAGUCAAAACCGGAGCUCGACAAACUAACGCAAGACAUUUGCCCGUCUCGGCGGCGACUGUUCGCGCUCCUGCUGUUGAACUUGAGCGCGAAAUGUAUCAAAUGCUUCGUCGAAUGCGGCGUCACCGACAUGGAUUUCCCGUUUGCCCAAGCUCCCGAUUCCUCGGAGUCGGCUAGAGUCCAUCCUAGGGGCGAUGUUGAGUGUGAACGACCUGUCGACUGCUUUAGCGAGUGGAAGCCAAGCGAGGUGGAAUGGUUUUUGCGCUGGCAGCAUGUGGUGGCAUCUCCGUUUUUCGACCUCGGACCAGGAAGCUUAUACCUCUACACACUACCCAAAGACAGCGUACUACCAUUCAUCGAAUCCGAGCCCGCAGGUGAGGGGGGUCACGCGAAUGUCUGGAAGGUCUUGAUUCAUCCGGCUCAUCAUAACUUCCCAACUCAACUAGGCGCCAAUAAACAAUACUUCGCCGUCAAAACACUUCAUACUAAACAGAGAGAAGAAUAUGAGAGAGAGGUCGAAGUUCUUCAACGAUUCAGCGGCCGACACGAAGGUCACCCACACCUCAUCCGGCUCCUCCUCACUUACCAGCACAAGGACAGCUACCAUAUGGUCUUCCCCUGGGCUAAUGGAAACCUGCGCGACUUCUGGGAAAGCGUGAAGUCGCCACAAAGGACCCAGGACAUGGCCCGUUGGAUGCUUACCCAGUGUUUCGGCAUUGCUGACGGCCUGCAAAAGAUCCACGGCGACGGGGACGUCGCCGGGCUGAGCCCAAAUGAUAAGAACACAGGCCGACAUGGCGACAUCAAGCCCGAGAAUAUCCUGUGGCUCAAAAGGCAUAACGACAGCGACAACCACCUGCUCAUCUGCGACUUUGGCUUAUGCAGGUUCCACAGCUACCAGUCGCAAUCCGUAGACAAGCUUCCCGGCUGCUCGCCUAGCUAUCGCCCGCCCGAGUGUGACCUCAAUCGACUUAAGAUCUCGGUGAAAUACGACAUAUGGACGCUAGGCUGUCUGCUACUCGACUUUCUUACUUGGUAUCUCCGCGGCUGGGAAGCUGUUGACACUCUAUUUCCCGACGCUCGCCUGAAGGACGAAGGAUGGGCUCCCUUCAACCUAGGAUCCACACAGGACGAGAGGUGCUUGUACGAAGACAAGUUCUACCAGCAGAGCAACGAUGGUAAAUACGUGAUGGCGCAGUUGAAACCAUCGGUGAUCGAGUGGAUGGAGGAACUGCACAAGCUCGACUACUGCCCAGAGUUUGCACAUGAUCUACUCAAAAUCAUCCACAAAGGCCUGCUCCAUCCCGACAAGAGGCAAAGGUGGGAUUGUACCAGGAUCGUAAAUGAGCUCAAUAGGGUCCGCGAAAGGUGCGACACCGGCAAGGCGUACUGCACCACACCCUCUCGUUGGAAGGGCGAGCGGUUGGAACCAUUUACUGUGUCGUAUCUUGUGACCCCAAACAGCAUCAAAACCAAUGCCCAACAGCAAACCGGGCCCCAUAGCCCUAGGAGCCUAAGCCCUGCCAGCCGGGCCUCUCACGCCGGUACACCGCCACCGGAAUUGCAGGAUGCAGAGUCGCUGGCGGCCGACGACCUGGGUAUAACCUGUGCAAUAUUACCGGGAAACCCCCUCUCAGUGGAAACGUUCAGUCCAGAAGAACCCCCAGGCCCGGUCCAAGACACUCCGGUGACGCAAGUCCCGCCUCCGCCUCCACCGCCCCCGGACACACACAGGCAGAGCGGAUCGGAAAUAUAUCUCGUUACCCCCGGUACUACCAUGGACACCCGGAGGACUACAAAUUCAUCAAGACCCUUGCUCGCCCCGCCACCCGCUGGACAACCACGGCUCAUCGGGAGGGGCAAGCAUGCAUGGGGAACUUGCAAGAAGUGCAUGAAGACACUGGGGUGCUGCUUCAUCUUUGGUUGAGCGUGAGUGGCGAUGAUGGAAAAAGGUUAUUGAUGUCCCGAAUCAUCAGGAGUGGCCGUUGUUUCUGUUCGGGCGUGGACUUUGUU